AUGCUUGAUGAGAGAUUAAAAGCACAGCAUACAGACUGUAGACACCUAGAUGUAAAGAGCACGACGUAUCACGGUCAUAGUUCUUUGCGGCUAUCCUAUAUAGAAGGAGGAAGACACUACCUUUUCACUCAUGGCAUCUUGAAUGAGGAUAGUGUCACCAGACCUUCUUCAAAUGACUUCACCAGUGGAUGUUUCAGUGUCAAAGAAGCCAAUGCUCUGUCUCAAUAUUGUUUUCAAGUAUUGUCUUCGAAUGCGGAUGGACCUGCUGGUAUAUAUAGCAUUAUAGUCAGCAAUGAAAAACUUAAAAACAUUGGUGGAUUGAACUCUCGUGAUAUGGAACUACAAAAGGUAGCACCACCAAAUUACCUGCAUUAA